AUGGUGACACUGGUGCGAUCUGUGAACAAGAAUAUUCUCAUAGAUUGCGGUGAUCCAUGGAAUGGUGGAGAGAUUCUUCAGAAACUUUCGUCUCUUGGUUUGGGAACAGAGGAUCGAGGUCCUUCGGCUAAGUACCAACUCGGAGAACAAAUUCACGUCGUUGUUGUCACCCAUGGCCAUAUAGACCAUUGCGGAAAUUUAUCAUUAUUCAAACAUGCAACACUUUUCAUGGGCGGUGAUGUGGCUUCGGAAGGAACGUACAGUACAAUACCUGAGGACAGUUCGGUUACGCUUGCCCCGAACGUGGAGCUCCUUCGCAGUCGCGGUCAUACUGAUCAUGAUAUCAUAGUGGUUGUCAAUAACACAGAACGUGGUCGGAUCGUUAUCUCAGGAGAUAUAUUCGAGUGUGCAAAUGAUGAUAACAUAUGGAAAGAAGUUUCACGAUAUCCGGAUUUACAGGAGAAGAGCCGUUCAGAGAUCGAAGACAUUGCUGAGUGGAUUGUACCUGGACACGGAUUUAUGUUCAAAAACCCAAAGAAUCCCAAUUCUACAUAG